GAGCCUGGCAGGCGGUGUAUGGUUGGUUGGUUGGUUUGUGGUUGUGUUGGAAGUCUCGCUCGCUUGUCAAUAUCACGCAAAACGAAUGCAUUAAUGCUAAGAGAUGGGAAUCUUGCAAUCAUGCUUCCACGACGAACUGCUGUAGCGCUGCUCGCCCUGUGUGGAUUAAUAGCGGUCGGCGAUGCUCUCAAGUGUAAUUGCACGGCAUGUGAGAACACCGGAUAUGUGUGCGAGACUGAUGGGGCCUGCAUGACCUCUACGUCCCACAUCAAUGGUCAGGAGGAGCGGCAAGUACGGAUCUGCCUCCCUAGGGUCAACCUGGUUCCACCCGGACAGCCCGUCUACUGCCUGAGUGCCAAAGGCCUGCUCAACACGCACUGCUGCUAUACAGACUUCUGCAACAGCAUCAACCUCCAGAUUCCCAACGGGAUUCCUGAAGGUAAAGGGGGAAGUUGGGGUCCAGUAGAGCUGGUGGCAGUGAUAGCAGGCCCGGUCUUCCUCUUUUGCUUGCUGCUUAUCGUUGGAGUGCUCGUUUUCCAGUACCACCAACGGAACUAUAACCACCGGCAGCGACUCGACGUUGAGGAUCCGUCCUGUGAUCAUUUGUACUUGGCCAAAGACAAGACCUUACAGGAUCUCAUCUUCGAUCUGUCCACCUCUGGUUCAGGAUCUGGUCUGCCCUUGUUUGUUCAGAGGACAGUGGCUAGGACAAUUGUAUUGCAGGAGAUCAUAGGUAAAGGUCGUUUUGGGGAAGUAUGGAGGGGGAGAUGGAGAGGAGGGGAUGUGGCUGUGAAGAUCUUUUCAUCCAGAGAGGAGCGCUCCUGGUUCCGCGAGGCUGAGAUUUACCAGACCAUCAUGCUCCGUCAUGAGAACAUCUUAGGCUUCAUUGCUGCUGAUAAUAAAGACAAUGGCACAUGGACACAGUUGUGGCUGGUGUCAGACUACCAUGAACAUGGCUCAUUAUUUGACUAUCUCAACCACUACUCUGUCACUAUCGAGGGGAUGAUUAAGUUAUCACUCUCAGCAGCCAGUGGCUUGGCACAUCUGCACAUGGAGAUCUUGGGAACGCAGGGGAAACCAGGCAUUGCACAUCGUGACCUGAAAUCUAAAAACAUCCUGGUGAAAAAGAAUGGUACUUGUGCCAUAGCAGAUCUGGGGCUCGCUGUACGGCACGAGUCCAUCACUGAUACUAUAGACAUCGCCCCCAAUCAGAGGGUUGGCACCAAAAGAUAUAUGGCCCCAGAGGUAUUAGAUGAAACGAUCAACAUGAAGCAUUUUGAUUCUUUCAAGUGUGCUGAUAUCUACGCUUUGGGACUGGUAUACUGGGAGAUUGCGCGACGGUGUAAUGCUGGAGGCAUCCAUGAAGAUUACCAGCUUCCCUACUAUGAUCUGGUGCCCUCUGAUCCCUCCAUAGAAGAGAUGAGGAAGGUGGUUUGUGACCAGAGACUACGGCCCAAUGUGCCCAACUGGUGGCAGAGCUAUGAGGCGCUGAGAGUGAUGGGAAAGAUCAUGCGGGAGUGUUGGUAUGCCAACGGAGCGGCGCGGCUUACGGCUCUGCGGAUAAAGAAGACUCUCUCGCAACUCAGCGUUCAAGAAGACGUUAAGAUCUGAAACGCGCGGGACACCGCAGAGACGAACAAGCGAAUAAUAAAGACUUGCGCCAAAAGCAGCCUGCCAGUUUUAGCCCUUUUUUGAACCUUCGAAAGUUGUGACGAGGCCUACCUCACCAUCUAAGACGAAACUACUGAGUCUGAGUCCAUCCCAGCCCUUUUCCAUUUCUCCAACAUCAACGUUCCCAAUCAUGGAUGAGCCUCCAACCGCUGACAUCAGCGCAACCUCCCUCCAUGGACCUACGGUUGUUGAAUUAUUUUAGUUUUUUUGGCAGGAAUGACAAUUGAACUGUGACUGGCAUUUUGAUUUUAUCAUUGUUUUUAUUUCACCACUUUUGUCCAAAAUGGACUUCUUGAAAGAAUGUGUUUAGAUUUGAUUUGUUCAACCUCAUUCAUUAAUACACCAUAUGUCAUAUUUCAGCGUCAAUCUACAAUUAUAGUGCUCUACUGCUGUUGUGAGAAUGUGAAAAAACGUGGAUAACACUGUCUCCUCCUGUUAUGACUAGCAAUUCAUGUACAAAGCUAAGUGUAGCAAAGCGGACACACCGCGACCGUGUGACCAAGUGGCAUUGCAGUUCUUUGUUCCUGUGGAAGAAAUGAAGGAGUGCAGAUCAUAUACUCGUGUAAAAAUCAGCCUAUUUAUCUUUCUUUAGGCUGCGUUUGUUAAAAAUGUCAAAACCAUCAAUGUGGUUUUGGCUUCAAAUGCUUUUAAAUUUUCACAGGGAGAGUGUGUGUGCAUGUUUUUUGUUUUAUUUA